AUUUUUGAAAAUAUUAAAAAAAGCCCAGAAGAGCUUUUGAACUAAUUCCAUCAAUUCUGCUGCAACAUGGAAACUAUUCACUCGGAACAUUCUAAACGUGUGUAUCAAGGAGUCCGCGUCAAGCACACUGUCAAAGAUCUCCUAGCAGAGAAAAGAUCCCGACAGACAAAUGUGUCCUUCAAGUAUAAUGCUGGAACUAACUCUUCUCAAACACCGGCUUACGUCCAGAUGUCUGGCUCCCAUGUAAUACCUGGCUAUUAUGGUGUAAGAAGGCCUUAUCUAUCAGAUUCUGAGCUAUCUCAUUGUCAUCCAUCUAAGCAGUACACUGCAGAUGUAUACUCAUCUUCUCUCAGUGGGAAGUCCCUUGGAUGUGAUCCACCGGGUGUCUCAGGGUAUCAACCCCUGUUUGACCCGUACUUCACUGAAACAUUUGGAGAUUACCGCACAUCAACGUUCCCAUCCAUGGCAAAUUCCAUUUUCACGCCACAGGCACCCCCACCUCUCAUUCCACCUUUUCCCAAUGAGUCAUCACAUUUUCUGCUGAGAGAUUCAUGGGAAAGUGUUCCAGACAGUGUCACACAGGGCGAAGGGCUUUGUGACUCCCUCCAGCAAAUGCAGGCAACUGUGAGUAAUUGUCAAUCUUCACACGACCAUGGCCACUCUCUGCCUUGUCUUGACUCCAGCUCUCCAACUCAGUACAGGAGUACCAACCGGAGCAACAACAUGUCUCAGCCGUAUCCACUUCACCCACUAGAGGAGAUGCACUUUGCCUCCAGUUACCAGGCCGCCUCAGCAUACGGAUGUGCUCCUUUUAUGACUGUACCAUCGGAACUAGCUGCCAAGGUGGUCCAUCUCUCACCUGAAGAAUCUUCUGACAUAACAACCACUUCAAUGCAUGAUGUCUCCUCUUGGGGAAAGGAAGACACCAGCAAUACCUGGCCUUUGUAUGAAGUCAGACGGACUUAUUAAAAUAUCUCAUGUGGCAAUUACAUUGUAUAUUUAGCUGGAGGAAGGGCCGUGUAUGUGCUUUUUCACGCUGUUGUGUGCUUAUCAUAGGAUGAAACUAUCAAAAUAAUUCAUUUCUAAUUUUGCAAUGGCAAAGGAUUGUCAGACAAUUGCUAUCUAUUUCACUUAGUUGUAGUGUGUACUAUCUAUAUUUAAUUGGAAAUGAGGAAAUGCAACUCAAGCAUUCAUUUCAACUUUGUUAAAGCUGGCCAUUGACAGAAUAUAAGUUAGUGAGCUGUGGUUUGUGACAAGGUAAAAAGAUAAAAAUUGCCCGAAACGUCGAUUUCGCUGCACCUUGGAUGCUGCCUGAACUGCUGUGCUCUUCCAGCACCACUAAUCCAGAAUGUGGUUUGUGACAGUUAGCCAACUGAGUAACAUCUGGGUGAAUGCACUUGGUAAAUGAGAAUGUUUAGAAUUAAGAGAGAUUCGUGGGAAAGGAGUAGAUCAUAAACUCCUCGAAUCUGUUCUACCAUUCAAAAUGGCUAAUCUUCCUAUUAAUUCUUCUCUCUCCAUAUAUUUCCUUGAGACAUCAAACAUCUCAAUUUUGGACAAGAGCAAUCACAAGCCUAUCAGGUAGAAAAUGUUGAUUUAUAACUCUGAGUGGUGACCUUUCUCUUUGGCUCAGAUCCCCUACCCUAAACUUUUGCUUCCAUGCUCUAGAUUCACAGGAAACAACCCAUCUGUCUGCAUUAUCCAGCCUUUCAGAAUCUUAAAUGCUUCAAUGAGAUCACCUCACUUACUUGGCCUCAUGUCACAGAGUUUAUUUAGAGGGAGAGAAGAUUGGUUCAAGCCGGUUUCUAUCCAACAUACCAAGAAAAGGGGUGACAGUUCCCAAGUCCCCUCCCACUGCUUCUCAUUCAAGCCUCUGCCAGAUACUGAUAAUAUGGACCCCACAAAGAAAACAAAGAAAUCUCAUUGGAGUGAUUGACAGUUUCAAAAUUUGAACUUAACAAUCAUAAUGGUGCCAAAAGUCUAAUCUCUUUGGUAGCACUCAGAGACAUUCUUCUAUGAGUAUAUACAUAGAAAAUCUUAUAAUAAAGUUGGAAAACUGUUAUAACUCCAAGUCUCUUUAAUACUGUGGCUCUUAGUAAGACCAGUGCAGAAAGUAAAGAUUGAAGCAAGUACAGCUGAUAUUUAAUUAUGUCCCAUGCUUCUUUACACAAGUGAACAUACUGUGACCAUACACGCUGCACAUAGAGGGUUCUCAGUGCUUAAUGAAUUAUAUUUGUGAACACAAAGCAUGCACAUAGCUGUAUUCAGAUACCAUGACAGACACUGACCAUGAUGCCCAGGUGACUUAUAACCAUUUCCAGGCUAUUAUGAGGUUGUAGUCUUGACAUUUGUCAACAUGUUGCUAUAUAUUUUCAUAAAGAUACUGUAGGUAAUCUUGUUUAAUUGCUAGCUUUAUUUUGAUGUUGGAGUGUAGGAGGGUAGAUGCCAGUUAAUUGAACCUUGUAAAAUGUUGACUUUUACGCAGAAGUGCUAUUGACAUUGAUAUGGUCACUACAAGCAUCCACAGUAGUUGAUACCAAUGAGUAACAUAUUAGUAAUUUAGAGAUGCCGGCUAGGUGAAUAUAUGGAAUAUAUAUCCAAUGACACAUUAUUUUCUGUUUUUUUUUAAGUAAAUGUUUUAACUGUAUGUUUUAUGUAUAAUUAUUAUUGCUAAAACAGUUCAACACUGGGUCUGUAAUUGUAGGGAGACCAUGGAUAUGGGAAAUGGUAAAUGUUUCAUUAGUGAAAUAAUUGGUGACCUUCUGUGGUUAUGGCAAGGAGAAUGGAACUUGAGCUACCACAUAACCAUGUUAUAGCUAAUUUGAAAGUGCUUGUUGCUGACAUUGGUUGUAAAUGUAGGAACACAGGGGUAGGAGUGGCUCAUUUAGCACCAUGAGUCUGCUGUAUCAUUCCAGAUCAUGCUGAUUGUUCAUCUGGGGUGGUGAAGGUAUAUGCAAAAUAUUAUGUGGAACUGAAUUAUAAACAUAACAUUUUGUGUGCAUUCACAUGUAAUUGUCCAGAAUGAUAGUUUUUACAUCCACAAAAAGAUUGGGAUGAGAUUAAAUCACUAGCAAAUUGUACAUUUUAGCCAAUUUUAGGUGUAAUUUUGCUGUAACAUAGGUUCCCACUUUUCUAUUUUCUGGUUUAUAUUGGAUUUUCAGCAUCUGCACUAAUUUGCUCAUUGGUGAAGCUCUCAACCACCCAUUUUGACCAACGACAAUUGUUAAUUUGAUCGAUUCGCCAUGGCCACAGUCAUUCUCCAUUAAACUACCCAAAAUGUCACUAGCUGAACGUAAGAUUUCACUCCCAAGCUAGAGAACUAAGCCAUGCCAUCUGUAAUAAUAAGCUCUAAAUUGAGGGUAUGACUAAUGAUGAAUCAAAUCUCUCUUGUACCUGUUGGAAUCUGAAUGGUCACUUUCAGAUGUUCCCUGCCUAUUGUCUGGCUGGAAUUACUUUGAAGGUUCACCACUAGUUUUAAUUCCUCACUCCUGUUUGUUUACUGCAGUUAUGAAUUAGAA